CGAGAUCGUAGUGGGAGACGGCUGCUUACAAUUUUACUGAACGCGGGUAUGAAUCAUAACUUUGUUGAAUCUGUAAGUUUGCAUCAUAAUCACUAGGUUGUCUGCAUGCUGCGAAACUACUUGUAACGAAGGAAGUUUGUGCCUUGAUGUUUGACCUGGCCGUCCUUAACGUUUCGUUUUUUAUUCCACUAAAUGGUUCAAGCAGCUUCAAGCGGUCUUUUAUUUGCUUUAUGUAGCUGCGGAAAGUAUAGAAAGCCAAAGAAAGGGGAUAGUUAUGCUCAUGCUAUCAUGCACGUUUGCGGGGGAAGAAUCAUCCUUCUCCGCACUCCUGCCUGGACCCAACGACCAGAGGAUUGCAGCGAAAUUGAACGUCGCAGCCCCUAUACGGCAAAGUGCCAUUCACAUGUGUUUUCCAGAUACAAUCUAUCAUCGAAUGUUUCGGUCUGUCGUCAUGUUGAGUCAUAUGUCUUCGAACGCGACGAAAUUUCGAAUCAAAACACAUAUUGGUGCGUACCGUAGCAGUUUCAUAGUACAAUAGUAUGUUGUUUUUAAUCCGCAUACUCAAUUGGUUGCAAUUCGUUUACUUUUCCAGGCCAUUGGACGGAACUGCAGUACCAGUUGAUGGGUUUUGGAAUUCCUGUAGAUGCGUUGCCCAUAUCACAGAAAGGAACGCUUAAAACGGCGAUGCUUCAGCAAUGGAUACGGCUUCGAAAAUUAAUGGAAACUCCUUCCGGGCAAGACGGCGCCAGUUCUGAAGAGGAUUCUAGUAUUUCUGCUUCUGAUAUUUCAUCUGCCAUCGAAUGUCCAAACCUGAACGAUGUGAUUUUUCGAAUGGGGAAGUCUUGUAUGUGUCACCCGGGGAAUGUAAUGUUUCGAAGCCUGAUCGAAUCCAAACUCGAUGAACAUUAUAGCGCCACUCGAAAAGGAAAGGCCAAGAUAGCCUGGUGGAUUGUCAAAGAAGUCGAAAGAAGGGGUGGACGCUUUUUGAAGUGGAACAGCCAUGGGUGGUGGACCGAAUUCGAAAACCAAUCGGAGGUUCGAUACAAAAUUCCUACAUGCUUUCGAGAUUUUUCAAGAAACAAGACGGCGCGAAAAAACCGGGUGAAAACGAAUGCAACUACACAACACAAGACACAACAAAACGGAUGCAUCGACUUGUGCGCAACAAACAAUAAGGAAGAGAAUACAUCCUUAUUAUAGGGAAUAAAAAAGAUCACUGACGACGAUUGCACCUCGUCGAUUUUAUAAAUGCGUCUUUUUUAC